AGCAGCAGCAUCCUGGAGGCAGGCGGUGACCCCACCCCACCACGCCCGCUGGCGCUGAAGGCGGAGGCCGUGGCUGGCUCCGCCCGCCUCCCUGGCUUGGGGGCGGGCUGACGCGGUCGCGGGGAGGCUGGGCGGGCCGCGCGCGGCGCUCCGAGGGGACAUGGCGGCGGCGGCGCGCCGAGGGAGAGUGGGAGAUCCUCGCGCCGGCUUCAGGCGGGACGCGGGGGAGCCGGGGCCCGCGGUGCCGCAGGGGCUGAUCAGAGCGGCCAGGAAGAGCGGCCAGUUAAACCUGGCAGGCCGCGACCUGAGUGAGGUACCUGCGAAUGUGUGGCGAAUAAAUUUGGAUAUUCCGGAGGAAGCCCAUCAAAAUCUGUCUUUUGGUGCUACUGAUCGUUGGUGGGAGCAAACAGAUCUGACCAAACUCAUCUUAGCCUCAAACAAACUGCAGUGUCUUUCUGAGGAUGUCAGACUUUUGCCUGCUCUCACUGUACUGGAUGUACAUGAUAAUCAGCUGACAUCUAUUCCUUCUGCUAUAGGAUUUUUGGAAAAUCUUCAAAAGCUCAAUGUCAGUCACAACAAGCUGAAAAAUAUUCCAGAAGAGCUGAUACAGUUGAGACACUUGAAGAGCCUGCUUCUCCAACACAAUGAGCUGAGUCACUUGCCAGAUGGGUUUGGACAGCUUAUCAGUUUAGAAGAGUUAGAUCUUUCCAACAACCAACUUGCAACCAUUCCAUCUAGUUUUGCUUCCCUAACCAGUUUGGUGCGGCUCAAUUUGGCCCAUAACCAACUGAAGAACCUGCCGGCAGAGAUCAGCGCAAUGGAAAGCUUAAAACAACUGGAUUGUACUAAAAACCAGUUGGAAACCAUACCUUCUGAAUUGGCCACCAUGGCAUCUUUAGAACAGCUUUAUCUAAGAAAAAAUAAAUUACAGUAUUUACCAGAAUUUCCAUCAUGCAAGUUACUGAAGGAGUUACAUGUUGGUGAAAAUCAGAUUGAAGUGUUAAGUGCAGAGCAUCUUAAGCAUCUGAAUUCUCUCUGCGUGUUAGAGCUUAGAGAUAACAAGCUAAAAUCACUGCCUGAUGAAAUUACUCUGCUUCAGGGGUUGGAGCGACUUGACUUAACCAACAAUGAUAUCAGUAGCUUGCCUUGUGCUCUGGGGAAUCUUCCUCAGUUGAAACUCCUGGCAUUAGAGGGAAAUCCUUUGAGAACUAUUCGAAGAGACAUGUUACAGAAAGGCACCCAAGAACUCCUGAAGUAUCUGAGAAGCAAAAUCCAAGAUGAUAUAACUAGCCCAAAUGAGGGGUCUCCUGUGACAGCCAUGACUCUUCCAAGUGAGUCAAGAAUUAACAUUCAUGCCAUAACUGCAUUAAAAGUAUUAGAAUAUAGUGAGAAGCGAGCAGCUGUGAUUCCUGAUGAAAUAUUUAAUGCAGUCGGAAGCAAUUCUGUCACUACUGUAAACUUCAGCAAGAAUCAGCUGAAUGAAAUUCCAAAAAGGAUUGUGGAGCUGAAAGAAUCAGUCUGUGAUGUCAAUCUUGGCUUCAAUAAACUCUCUUCCAUUUCCUUGGAGCUCUGUGUACUUCAUAAAUUGACACACUUGGAUAUCAGAAAUAACUUUUUGACAUCUUUACCUGAGGAAAUGGAAGCACUGAUAAGACUGCAAAUAAUAAAUCUUUGCUUCAAUAGGUUUAAAAUAUUUCCCAAUGUUCUUUAUCGCAUCCCAACACUUGAAACUAUCCUACUCAGUAACAAUCAGGUUGGAUCCAUAGACCCUCUGCAAAUAAGGAAGAUGGACAAGCUUGGCACCUUAGACCUUCAGAAUAAUGACCUCCUUCAAGUGCCACCAGAACUUGGAAACUGCGUAAAUCUUAGGACACUUCUGCUAGAAGGAAAUCCAUUCCGCACUCCUCGAGGAGCCAUUUUGGCAAAAGGAACAGCAGCUGUACUAGAAUACCUAAGAAGUCGAAUUCCUACUUGAUCAGAGUACACUUAUUUUUUUGUUAGGCUUAUGGAUCAAAAUACAAGCAAGAUUUUUACCAUCAGAAACCCAAAGGCCAUACACCAGUCUGACUUCCUUCCUGUUUGUCAACUAUUGAUUAAGCUGGCCUGUGCCAUAAAGCAUUUUUUAUAAUACUGCUUUUAUUCUGUUUGAAAAAAAUGCCCAUCCAUAAAAUAUCAGAUCUUCUUCCAAAGUUGCAUAGAUCAACAUUUCAAUUGAAAAUACCACAAUGCUAAUUGUCUUUAUUUGUAAUGCAGUGAUUUCAAUGGAUACGACCACUAACAAUGACAAUUUUUUUCUAUAGUUCAGUUUAAAAAAAACUUUUUAUGAAUUAAUUUUAGGAACACUAAAGGGGUUGCAUAAAAAGUAAACUUUCUGAUGUUCUUACGUUUGUAUUGUCCAUAGCUGUGUGGGACCAAAUGCUUUAUAGCAGGCGACCUCUUAAUCAAAUAGGUAAGUGUUUCACACUGUCUGCCUCCUGUUAAAUGCCUGAAACCUUAAAUUACACACCAAUGCUAUAAUAAUGGUAAGGAUACAGUAUGAACUGUGCUACAAAGAGUGUGAAGAAUGUGUUUACAAAAGUGAUUGAAUUCUACUUGUUUGACUAGUAAUGAAUAAAUGUUUCCUGUUGGGUGUAAACUAUUACCUUUGUUUAGUUUAAUGUACCAGUCAAGCUCUCUAGCUCAAUAACAUUAAUAUGUGCUUGCCAUAUUACAUACAAAUGUGUUGAUGCAUCUUAAGGUGCCAUUUCCAGGAUGAAUAACACUGGUGAUAAAUUUGUUGGGGGAAUGGGUGUGUCAGAUCUGAACUGCGAUGCAUAUGUAUAUACAUUGCUCUUUGUUGCAUGUAAAAGCCUAAAAAAUUGUAGCCUGAAUCAAAAUUGAGCCCAUGGUGGUUUGCAUUGACUGUUCUUUGAGCACUUCACUUCCAAACAGUAUUGAAGACUGACCGCUGCCCUGUUUUUAAGGCUAUAUUUUCAAGGGAAUUCAGUAUUGUACUGAAGGUCAGAUGGCUUUUAAUUCUUACAGACUAAACUACAGUACAUACAUUAGGAAUGGGUGAACAUCUCCACCUACCUUGGCUUGCAAAAGUAAUUUUUAACAAGCCUUUUUCUUCUGAGUGCAACCCAUUUUCCCCAUCUUCCUGAUUGAACUUAAAAGAAAAUGAGGUCUUGUACCUAAAGAGAAUCCUGUGCUAAUUAUUAGGAAUAGAAAAGCCACCUCUUGCCACAUUCACUCUGUUCAUGCCAUUAGAAGACAGCUGAAGUGGAUAUUAUGUAUGGUGUGUAUAAACUAUGCUUUCAUUCAACACUUUUCUCUUUCUCCAUUCCCCAUCUCCUAUCCAACAGCAAAAUUAAAAAACAAUUCCAAUUAAACUUUCAACCCAGUGAUGGUUGAGUGGGUCCAAAAUUAAGACAAAAUAAAUACACCCAUCCCUAAUGUCUUACAUUUAAUGAGCACCUUUCAUCAUAAACUAUCACAAUACAUGCAACAGCACUGAAAUGUAACCCCCUCUGGGGAGGGAGGACAGCAAACAGCUGGCACAUAAUACUACAUAGCAAUAGGAAAGGACAAGGAGGUUGAGCAUUUGAGUAGAUGUGUUACUGUUUUAAGACAUAGCCCCAUGCAAAACAAAAAACAAA